ACACACGCAUAUAUAACACAAAGAUGGGUUCAUACUUGAGGCAAUCGCAGGUGACCAGCAGGUGCGACUCGGUCAUCCUGAAGAUGUUGUGGAUGGCCCGAGCCGCCAGGAUCUGCCUCAUGGUCUCAGGGAUGACAUCUGCUGACUCAGCAGUCUUCACCUCCAUCGAGCCCAGGAAGCGAACGAUGAAGAGCUGGUGAAGGAUAGAGUCUGGAAAAUACCCCAAAAUAUGAAUGGCAAAUGCCCAGCUUGCCAAGCAGCCUCAGAUUGUGCGUUGUCGUCCCCAAUGCCCACCACGGGCAAUAGUGAGCUCUAUUCAAGCAUGCUUUAAAAGUUCACAAGCCAUGUUUACAAUCAUUUAGAAAACUCCAAACUAAACUAUGGAGAACUUAUACCUUCAUUGUCCUCAACUGGGUUGUCACCUGACUCUCCGAAUGGAUUACUUCUCCUGUGAGUACACGUACGUACACAGGCACACGCAUAAACACAAUUAAUUUGAUUUAAAAUAAUUCAAUUAUUGAUUCAAAUACAAAAGUCAUCAGCUUCUUUAGAUUGACACAAACCUGCCAGACUGAGCUGCCGUCUUGCUGUGUCCAGAGUUGUCUUCACUGACGGGCGAGAUGAUGUCAAACUGGAUGGGCGUGUCAGGGGCAACCAGGGCGUCCAAUGAGAGCACCGAGAGGGCGGGCGAGGGCUCAGAGCCUACAGAGCUGAUGCUUGCUCGUCCCACGCUCCCCUUGCUGUCAUGGGGAGUGAGACAGGUGGAGGAGAGUUCUGUUAGGGUGCUGGUCUGAGUGUGUCCUGUCGUGUGUUGAUACACACACACACUGCUCACCUUGCUGGCCGCAUGCUGUCAUGUCUCUGCUGGAAAGAUGGUGACGGCGUCACUGCCUCAAUAGCUGAUUGGUUGACUCUAGCUGCCACUUCCUGUCGGUAAAAGACAACAUCAGCUGGGAAUGGACAUGGAAGGGAUAGCUGCUUUUAGGCUAGGUCCACACUGCAGGCCAAUUCAAAUUUUUUUGCUCAUAUGUGACCUGUAUCAGAUUUUUUCCAUUUCAGUGUGAACAGCACAAUUCAGAUUUUUUCAAAUGCGACUCACGCCUCAUUCUACGUGGAUAUAAAGCCGGUAUGUAUGCGAUGCGACUGCAGUAUAAACGGUCAGGCUGCAUAUAUCCGACCUAAACGUCAUCGAAAGACGUGUACUCGAAAAAUUAUUUUUAAAAAGUCAGUGAAGCGGGUCACGGUUCCUGCCCCACACACGCUCCUCGGAACAGACAUUGCUGCAAGUUCUCCACAUACUGCCAUAGCCAAAAUUCUUGUGCGCUUUCUUCUUAACCUGCUGUGCAGGAUCAUUUGGUUGAGCAAAAUUCUUGAAAUUGCCACAAACGCGCCAAGGAGUGCACACACUGCCGUAGUCUUUACUUCCAUAAACACACGGAAAGGAGUGUGACAUCGUGCUUUUGAGCAUGCACGUCACUUCCUGGACGCUUUGCACUCACAUUGACAAGUCGCAUUUCUUUGGUAGUAUGAACGACCACAUAAAAAAUCUGAUUUAUUGGGAAAUGGUCUUUCACUUGUAUAGCGCUUUUCCACCGACAAGGCACUCAAAGCGCUUUGACACUGCUAGCACAUUCACCUACUGAUGACGCAGCAUCAGGAACAACUGGGGGUUCAGUAUGUUGCCCAAGGACACUUUGACACGAUCAAGGGAGGACGGAGGCUUGAACCCGCAAACUUUAGGUUACCAUCUUACCACCUGAGCCGUGCCGCUCAAAAAAACUGAACAAAAAAAUCUGAAUUGGUCAUCAUACCGUGCAGUGUGAACAUAGCCUAAGUCCAUCGCACACCUCUGCGUUCUCGCUCAGGUAGAUGCGGCGAGAGAUGUUGUUGAUGGUGGCGAUCCACUAGCGAGCAACAAGCAGAGCGGUGAGGGAACAUCCAUCAACCCAAAUCAUUUGUCAGUUAAACUAAUUACCUCCUCGCAGUCCUUUCUGCUCUGUGCCUGCAGUGUCACAACUCUUGACAGAGCGCAAAUAAAAACAUGAAAUUUACUUUGCGGUCCAGUGGGCGGUGGGGCCACUUAGGGACGGGACAGCUCUUACUUUUUGCCAUCGAAGGACGUGACCUGGAAGCAGAAGCGGCGGUCGUCACAGUCCACAGCCAUGACAGAGGCAUUGUCCAGGUCGGUAACCAGGCCACCCGCCACUUCGGCCCGGCCCUGCUGCAUCAAGUUGCCUCCUUGCGUGAAGAAAUACUGACGUUCCCAGGACGACGACACCAGGCCUGUCUUACUGAGGGGCACACGGACACAUUAUUAAGCUCUUUAUUAGCAUUUACGACUACUAACAUGGGAACAUGAGUAAAAUAUUAAAACUGUGUACUUACUUGCGAAUGUAGAGGUAGCCAUGCUUCCUGGUGAGGUUUCGAUAGACGGGUGAGUGGACUGGGUCCGGGUCGCAUGGUGCGUACAGAGGGUCACAUAAACUCUCCAUCUGUUGAAUGGUCUCCUGCAUCUGGCCCAAUUCCUCAUCCAUCUCUCGACGAACGCUACACACACACACACACGGGUCGCUUUUCAUUAUUAGUAGCUCUCACAACGCACUUAAAAAGUAUUAAGUUACUAUUAUAAUACUAACCCCAAGUUAUUAUGUUAUUAAGGUCUUGAAAUAGGCACUAAACUUCUUGAUGUGAUACUAGUUUAGCUUAAAUGAGGUUUCAAAACACUUUAUGCAUGCUGUCAUCUAUUUUCCACCAAGAAUCAACUUUUUUUGCCCUAGCAAAAAGACUUGCACAGCUGGAAAAGUGUCUUACUUUUGGACACUGGUUCCGAUAGUGGCCAGGAAGUCCUCCCACUGCUGGGUGAGGUUUUCCGAACCCAGUUUAAAGAAACUUAUCUGCAAAGAAGGGACAUAUGUACAGGGAAGUCUUGUAAGCAAAAGAAAAGAAGCAAAAAGGCAGCAACAUUCAAGGCUACGAGCUAAACGUCUUGACAUCAGUUACACAAGUCAAGCAUGAUAAAAUAAAGUUGUGAUUCUUGUCUAGUAGCCAAGUGGCUGUCCAGCACUGAACAAAGCGGUACUGAAGUUAUUGCGUUGACGCCAUUUAUUUUACACUACUCCGUGUUCUGUAGACACACAGAAGUGCAAUACUUAACUAAAAUACGACUUAAAUUAACGAAAUUCAUGUUAACUUUCAAUUUUGAUUCUGUUUUGAGCAUGUUUAGGCAGAAAAUUAGCUUGGCGUGAAUAAAUUGCGCCCUCUGCUGUUCGCUACCUUGUAGUACAAUUCAUUAUACCACAUGAUCAACAAAAUUCCGAAAUAUUAAAAAUCUAUCAAUCCAUUUAGCGGCACCAUGUAUUGUUAUGAUCAAAUUAUUGCGUGCAUGCCAACCUGGGCUUGCAUGUAGCCAAGCAGCGGCUCCAGCAGCGCCAUCUUCUUCUUGUACUGCAGUGUGUUGAGGGAGCAGAAGUAGUGCAUCAUGGUCUGGUGCUGCUUCUUGCGCGAGGUGUACACAUCCUCCACCGCCUCAGCCCGCAUCUGCCACACACAAGACAACCAUUUCGCACACAAUCUUGUCAUGUUUACCAACACGUGAAGUCUCCUUUGUAGGAGUUACCUUGUCAUUGUCCUUCUUUUUCGACAGGCGACUGUAUCUGUUGAUUGCUAUGUCGUGAUCUGCAGGAAUAAGAAGGCAACAUAAUUGGGUUUAGAUGCUCAUGUGUAGAGUCUUUUAUUGUUUUAACACAUUGAUAUUGUUACCGUCACUGGAUAUUUGGAAGACCUCUUUCAGGGUGAGAAUCUCUGCAAAGACAAAAACAACAUUUUCAGUAGUUUGUUGCUCUAGUGAUGUUGUCAUUUAAUGGAUUGUCUGACGAUACCUUUCAGGUCUCUCUCUUUGAACUGACUUAUGGGAAACAUCAUGGCAUCGGCAAGCUGGGUGGACAAGACGGCGUGACAGGAGCUCAACUGUGAAACCAAAGAACGGGUGGAGCUCAUCACCUCGUCAUCGCCCCCUAAAGGAAAACGCUUUGGACAGCAGCAACAAACUGGAUUAAUGGCUCUCAGUUGUACAGGAGUUGUCCAUCGAAAGCUCUUCGGAUGAGGAGCGAAACGUCCGACACCUUCUUCACAGAAGUACAGAUGACGUCUCAAGAAGCCUUUUCCUCGAUGAACUAAGAGUGAGUGAGUCACUUAAAAAAUGUGGUAAAAAAUUCCACCCAUUUUUUGUGCCGCUUGUCUUCAUUAGGGUCACGGGUAAGCUGGAGCCUAUCCCAGCUGAAUGCAGCAAAAUAUAAACUGUGAAAUUAUUUAUUUAUUUAUUUGAUUCACCCUAUUACUGUAUCAAGAUAUUAUUGUUGAUGUGAGCCAUGUAUCGCGUGUCGCAUCGUGAGGAACCCCAAGAUUCCCAGCCCUACUCCCAAUACUUGAUGCGGCCCAGCCUCACUCAGACUCUACCUCCAGCGGCCCCCAGCUUGGACAAGUGGGAAGACUUGUCAGCAGUCUGGAUGUCAGAUGUGUGGCAGCGCUCAGCUCAUUCUGAAAGAACACACAGCAAAGCGGUCACAUGUUGUGGUUUUUCCCCCACUGGCAAUGCUUCUGCACUUGUGAAACGUGCCUAUAAAUUAUAUUCCAAACUCUCUAUUUCUCUCUCUCUCUCUCGCUCUCUCUCUCGCUCUCUCUCUCGCUCUCUCUCUCUCUCUCUCUCUCUCUCUCUCUCUCUGCGACACGCACAAACACACACUCUCAAGUCCUUUCCUUCAGAGGUUGUUGAGACUUCAGAGAGGAAUGGCGUCACCUCGCUACCUCGUAUUCUGUCUCCCUGGUUUACUUCUCAUCUGGAAUGUUUCUUUUGGAUCUACGCUCUCAGGCAACAAGAGAACAAAUCAAGAACGAUGUGGCUUCAAGCAGAUGCCGUCUGGUGCAGAUGGAAGCCGCAAGCUGGCCAUUACACUCAGAAGCGACAACUGCUCUUUAAACUACCCACUAGGAAAACAUGUCAUCCAUGAGGUUGCCAAUGUCUCCUUCACCCAUUUGGCCUGCGAGGACCAAGCCGGUGUGGUGGUGCACUGGUCUGCCAGCCCAUUAGGAAUUGAACAUAUUAAAGGAUUCCGAAUUUAUCUGGAGGACAAGAAUCCAGACGGGAAACGAUGUCAACAUCUCAUCCUGAAAGACCCGCGACAGCUCAACUUCUCCCACAGAAACACGAAGCUGAGCAGUCAGUUGUUCAGCGGUCUGACCUUUGACACCGACUACAUGGUCCGUGUUGUUCCUUUCCCGACGCUGAUGAAUGAGAGCUUCUUCCCGCCAUCUUUCCUCAGGACUAACUCUUGUGAAGUUCUGCUGGGCUCAGACAACCUGGUCUGCAAACCAUUCUGGAAACCAAAGACCCUGAAUGUGUCUCAGCUGGGCUCCAAACUGCACGUGACCUUUGACCAGGCCCCGCCUUCUUUCGGUUUCCACCUGUACUACGUCUACUACAAACUGCGACAGGAUGGACCCUUGAGGCUGCAGCGCUGCAAGCCCGACGCCAACCAGCUGAAAACCACAUGCAUUCUCCAGGACGUCACUCCAGGGACAUACACCAUAGAGUUGAGAGAUGACAGCAACACAACCAGGAGGCAGACGCAGUACUACGUUAGCCAAGUCCAUUCCCCAUGGGCGGGGCCUAUCCGGGCUAUGGCCAUCACAGUGCCUCUGGUCAUCAUGUCUGCCUUUGCCACGCUUUUUACCGUCAUGUGUCGCAAGAAGCAACAAGAAAACAUUUACAGCCAGCUGGAUGAGGAGAGCAGCGAGUCGUCCAAUCAGAGCGCAGCGUUGAACGCAGAUAGGCCUUGGCCCCGCCCCAAAGUCUUCAUAUGUUACUCCAGCAGAGACUGCCCCAAGCACACCAACGUCAUCCAGAGCUUUGCCUACUUCCUGCAGGACUUCUGCGGCUGCGAGGUGGCGUUGGACCUUUGGGAACAUCUGGAGAUGUGCAGAGAGGGUCAGAUGUCGUGGCUUAGCAGACAAUUGGACGAUGCUGACUUCAUCAUCACAGUGUGCUCCAAGGGCCUACGCUAUUUUGUGGAGAGGAAGAGCCGCAGAGGAAAGACACCGGUCAGUCGCCGCGGCAACGCCAGCAGCAGCUCUCCCCUUGGUGGAUCAGGCAGUGAUCUGUUUGUGAUGGGCGUUGCCAUGAUUGGCGAGAAGCUGCGGCUGGCCAAGCAGAAGGAGAGUAGCGACACUCAGGAGAUGAACCGUUACAUGGCCGUCUACUUUGACUACUCCACGGAGAACGACAUCCCCACCAUGCUGAGUCUGGCUCCCAGGUUCAAGCUGAUGGACCAGCUGCCUCAGCUUUUCACCCGCCUUCACUCCAGUCAGUCCAGUCUGGCUGAGCGGGAGUCCCAGCCUCUCAACAUAUCCAGGAGGAACUACUUCAGGAGCAAAUCUGGACGCUCCCUCUACGUGUCCAUCUGCAACAUGCACCAGCACAUCAGCCAGAACCCCGACUGGUUCGAGAAGCGAAUGCCUCCCUCCGUUGGAAGUAGUUCCGCCUCCUGCUCAUUACCAUCUCCACCUCUUUCUCCUCCUCACGACGCCGAGGCUGCCUGCUCCUCCUCAUCCUCUCGACCAGAGAGAAGGCCUGAGGGCGGGCUGGUGCUAAAUGAGGUGCUGGUGAAGACAUCACCGCUAGAUGGGAGUGAGGGAACACUGAGGAAGAAUGCCCUAAUGCUGGCUCCUGGUUCUAGUCUGAGUUUCAACCUCAAUCUCAACUUGAGUCCAAGCCCCAGUCCUAUACCCAGUCCUGGUCUAAGUCCUGGUCCUGCUCUUCCACAAAGAUCUCCAUCCAGGCUGGAACACACCUCAAGAACCUCCUCAGGAACAUUUGUGGAAGAAUCCUCCUGCACUCUGCCCAACCUCCACGAGGAAGUGGUCCCCCUUUCUGCCCAGACAGAAGACCUGUCCCCUCCUGAGCUCCCUCCCCCUCGCGAUUCGGGCAUCUACGACUCAUCGGUCCCCUCCUCUGAGCUCUCCAUUCCCUUAAUGGAGGGCCUGUCACAUGACCAGGCUGACUCCUCCUCCCUGGCUGAAAGCGAGUCGUCGUCUUCUGGGCUAGGUGAUGAUGAGCCGCUGGCGGUUACAUUGCUGGGCUGCAGUGCCCCCACAGUUUGUAAAGCAGAGCUGCAUCACUUGGAGCACAGCGGGGGACUCGAACCUGUGGCCCUGUGAUAUCUUUGGGAUAAAAGCAUCAAAUCUGAGGUUCUGGCAUCCAACUGUGUGCAAACUGAACUGGAACAUGUAACACAGAGCUGUACACCACCGGGUCUUGUGACUCAGAAUGUGCUGUGGAAUGCCAGAAUGUCCGUAACUACAGGAACCACUGUUGUCUAAAACUCUACAUCUUGGGAUUAUGAGAUCUCCAGUGUUUAAACCACUACAUUUCUCCACCAUUACUCCAGAAACAUGCUUUCUGGAACUCUAGUGCCUGGGAACUUAUGACAAAUGAGUGCUCAAUUCUCAAACAACACCCCAGAGACAUCCUGAGCAGUGGGAGACAGCUCAAGGAGGUGACAUUUGGGACCAAGAGACAGAACUUUCAGGUACUUUUUUUGUAUUAAUGAGCCAUUUUCUGGCAACAGCAUCUGUGGAGGACUGGAGCGCCACAAAGAUUUGUACUUUAUUUUUAAUAAUAACAAAGAUGCUGAUCAUGUGGGGACAUUUGAAGUGAAAAUGUAGGAACAAAACCAAAGUUAUUUAAAGGAACUGUGCUCACCCAGCAUCCCACUUGCACUGUAAUAGUAUGUCCAAUUUUAAACAGGCAUAGAAGCAACAGAGACAAGGUGAUCACUCCAGGCUCUUCUCUUGAUGCCUGCUAAUGUGAUGUAAUAUUUCUCUUGUGUUUGUUCUUCACAGCUUCAGUUGACUGUUGUGCUUCUAAAAAGUGUCAUACAAAAAAUUUUUCAUGGUCCUCGCUAACAAGGAGUUUUUUAAGACGUGGUUUUAGAAUGACUGAGGCGCUUUCUGCCGACACAAAGAAAGGGACGACUCCAGCAGGUUUAAAAGUUUGUUGGGAGGGAAGACUCAGCAAUUUCUGCUUGUGAAUAGUUGUUUUUUUCCUGGAAAAAUCUUUUUGUAGUUUUGUUUUUCUGCAUUUUCUAGAAAUGUACUGUUUUAUAGUACCUUAAUAUAGGAAAUAAAGAAAUCCAUCGAAUAACAUGUGCUAUUUAUA